GGCCCCUCAGUUAUCUUUGAAAGGGAAUUAUAUGUAAGGUAAGCUUACUCUGAUAAAGAAAUCCAAUUCCAGUAUCUCCUUCUAGGGUUGGGACCGUACCUAUGUUACAAGUUAUUUCCCCCUUGAACGGCUAGUUAGUAUUUGUUCCGCGUGUCCCGAGAGUAGCAAAUAUCACUUUUGUCAAACAGCGUAGCUAAUAAUGGGAACUCGAAUCCAAAAAUCAACCAGCGUGUAUAAAGUUGCAGGAAGCUUGUCCUUGACGAUCGAUGUGCAUGCUCCUGAAGGGUAUAACCCUGACUCCGGGACCGCUCUCAUCCACUUUCACGGUGGCUAUCUCGUAAUUGGUGAGAAGACUACGUUUCCACCGCACUGGCUGAUCAAUGCCUGCCACCGACGCGGCUGGGCAUACGCCACGCCGUCGUACCGCUUGAUGCCGGAGACCAAUGGUCUUGACAUUCUCCAAGAUGCUGUCGACGCCACCAACUGGAUACGGGACCACUUUGCUCGGUCGGACCGACUGAUCGUUGCCGGUUCCAGCGCCGGUGGCUACCUUGCGCUCGCCACAGCGGCUCAUCCACAGUCACCGCCGGUUACGGCUCUCCUUCCGAUAUACGGCAUGCUUGAUCCUGCGGGCCCACGAUACGUUAAGCCGGGACAACCGUUAACUUCACCGGUCGAUAAUUUGGAAUCUGUUGUAGAACAUAUAUAUUCCGUCAGAGCAAAGGCGGCUGAAAUUGACGGUUAUGCGUUCCCGCAGGAUAGAGCAACGGAUGAGAGAUAUACUUGGAUAAAAGCACUGCAUGAGGCAGCGCUAUACCCAGACAUUUUAACGGAUGUACGGGGUUUAGCACAGAAGAUCAACGAACGCGGUGUUGACGCUAUCCCCGAUGAGUUUCGGCAGCUAUUUCCCGCCUCGUUUGGGCUUCGCCGAGAGUUUCCUCCUACAGUAUUACUACAUGGAGACGCGGACGUCGCCGUUGACGUGGAGUUGAGUCGCGGCGUAGCAAAGGCUCUUGAGGGCUUGGGAGUUAAAGUCUUGCUGGAGAUUGUUAAAGGCCAAGGCCAUGGCUUCGACGUUAUGGAAACCCCGGCAGAUAUCGAUAUUCUUAAUGAGUCUACAGGAGACCUUCAUAGUAGUCUGGCUAGGGUCUUCAAGUUCUUGGAGCAAGCUGUGGGCUGAUUAAAACUACCUAAUAUAUCAUCGUCGCGCUGGGA